GUAUGCUGGACUGGACACUGACGGGUUGGGUGCUCUUGAACUUGAGACAACUUUUGUCUUUAAGGAGGAGGACGAACCCUUGAGGAAGUCUGUCUGGCCUUCAGGAAGCACAAGGACAUUUACAGAUGUGUCGGCGACCAUGACCAUCCCUGUUGAGAAGUGUCAGUCGGAGCUGUACCUGUGCCUGACCUAUGACACGGGCGCCAUGUCGGGACUCCAGGACUGGGCCUCGGCAGACGACAUGAUGUGUGCCAAUGUCUCCACGGGGAGGAGCCCAGGGGUGUGGUGUGAUCUGGAUCUUUCCUUGGAGCCAGGGUCCUUUACCAUCCAGCCCCUGAAGACAGCCAGGGUAUACGAGGACACCCUCACACCUGUGCUCAUCAAUGUCACCCUGCUGAACCAUGGGAGGCCACUGACCAAUGGGGUGGAGCAGCUGGAUUGGAACGUGUACAUCUCUGACCAAUCAGAUGUCUUCCUGUCUAAUUUGAAUGGAGAGGGAGGAGCUAUUAUGUUUCCAUCCAGUGUUACCUACGGACCAGAGAGUCACAGCCUACUUCAGGGUCUGGUGAACUCAGGUGCAGAAUUAUCCCUGACCAACCUGGCUGCUCCCGUCAAAGUUCCCCACGACGUUUGUGAAAUCACGACUUUUAUCUGCUUGGAAGUCACGCUGAAGGGAACGGACUACAGUCCCCACAUGGAUGCCACCCCCGCAGACAAUGUGGUCUGUUCCGUCUGGCCACCUGACGUGUUGGACUGUUCUGGAGACACCAUCGACCUGUACACCCACCUGCUGAACACGGGUGAUGGCGUGUUUGUGGAGGGAGAACCGCGCGACUACCAGCUGCUGCUGGCUGUGGAGCUGGCGGGGUCGGCCACCUUCGACUUCCAACUCACCCCCAUCCAGAUCCAACUGUACCUGUCACUGGACCAGGACAUACACACCGAUGUGGAUAUAAAGAUUCCUCACAGUUUCGGCCGUCUGGGAGAAUCAGAACUGAGAAGGAGGCUUGGUCCUGUCACCUUUGACCCUGACCAGGUCCCAACCAAAACAUCGGAAGAAACCAUUUUCCUGAACCUGGGGGGAGACAACUUGGUCAUCCCUCAACAGCCAGAUGGGUCCCAGUACUGUGGCUCAGUGUUUCUUGGAGUUGUCAUUGACACAGGUAAUCUUGUAUCAGAGAGGAGUGAACUGAACAACACUGCAGUUAUCCCCAUCACUGUACUGUGCAAUGCAGAUGUACUAAGUGUGUCAGACCUGGUUGUGUACCCGCUACAUGGACAGAUGGACAUCUGGCCUUACACUGACCUGCCUGUCACCCUCGAUGUAACUAUACAGAACGUUGCUGUGUUACCAUUUGAUGCUGCCUCCCCUGGACAUGAGAACUUCCUGGUGAAACUGUAUGCCAGUGAGACGGCAGACUUCAGCCCCCACACGGCCACCGAGCUCAGCCCCACCCAGGGGUGGCACUAUCCGCCAGAUAUCUACCGGCCCCUGGGGCGUGGGGAGAAGAGAACACUGAAGGGUAUCAAGGGGCAUCUGAAUGGAAAGUCUUUCACUGAUAUUGUGUGUGCCACAACCUCCUACUGGAUACUGAGAGUGGAGAAAGGCUCCAAUAUUGGGGCAGAGGAGACUUCCCUACACAACAACUACCUUCUGUACGAUCCACCACUGCCUCUGCAGUGUGAAGGAAAACCAGAAGCCUACUAUGACAUCUCCGUGAAGAACUUUGGUCUGCCCGACAUCGUUUCUGUGGAUGGAAUGACCGUGUACAUGCUGCAUCUGUCACCGCACUUCUCCGUGGGAGCCGUAGCCAACAAGGCCGACGUCAGGAAGGAGUUCAUCAGUUACGCCCUGUACCUGUCUCCAGACCAGGUCUUAGACGAUCAGGAUCUGCAAGUUUUCACAACUACUGAAAUCGUGAAUGUUACAGCCGGUAUGGAAGCUGACCUGGACUGGAGCAACCCUGCCCAGAUACUCCCAGAGUUGAGAGACAGGUCCUUCUGUGGUCUGGUGUACGCCAUUAUGAAGCUUGAUGACAGUAAUGAGAUCACAGAACCACUGGAGAUGAACAACCUGGGCAUCCAACAGCUGUUUGUACAGUGUGACUCAGAUGUGCUGGGAGUUUCCCGUCUUCAGCUGUCCUCACCACAGACUUACAUUCAGGAGGAGGUCCCAACUCCAGUCAACAUGUCUGUAGUACUGACCUGCCACAGGAAGGAAGACUGCUUCCCCAAGGACCCGUGUGUCUUUCAGCUGUCAGUCAAACUACAGAUGGGUCCUUCAGGAGACACGGAGAGAGCUGUCACCUUUGAGGAGAACUUCAGGAGCAUCGCAUCGUAUGACAGAGACCCUACUGGUUACUCUUCUGUGCUGGUGUUGGGAGGAGACCUGACCAUCGAUGACAGUGACUGUGCUACAGCAGACUUCCUGGUAGUAGAAGUUGUCAUGUCUGAAACAGCCGAUCCUGUGGUCGCCAACAACAUGGCCAGACAGACACUACCCUGGGCAGACUGCUGGGACAGUCAGGACGCCAUGAUUGACCUAAGUGUUGAAGACUUCCACCUACACGGGGGUAACACCAUACAACACGACAUGUCUACACCUGACAACCAUUACCUGUACAAACAGGGACAGGAGACGUUAGAAACUGAAGACCCUCUGAACCAGCCCAUCUACGUACUGUUCCAACUGACGGUACAGUUGACUGGCCCGCUGACGCUGCCCCCGAUGACAGCCGCCCGCCCGGCCUAUAACUUCUUCUUCCGGUUCGUCCUAUCGGAGGACGCGGUGAUUGACGAGGAAGACCGGAUGCUGGACUACAACAUGUCCUUCCCUCAGGGGGAGGUGCUGAGGGGCAGGAUGGUGGGUGGGGACCUGCUGGACCUGUCCGACAACAUGCAAGGACUGCCCAUCCCUCCGGAUGCCUGUGGUCCACAGUACCUGGCUGUGAUCGUGGACAGCACACAGCAGCAGGGAGUGGACUAUACAGGCAUGUACAGGGAGAAGCUGGAGGCCAACAACGUCAAGAUGCAGAAAGUCUACGUCGUCUGUCCUCGUGAUGUGUACAAAGUGGAGGCAGCCGGCUACCAUCCAGUCCAGCCUGUGGUCUGGAGGGACGUCCCUACCCACGUCACAGUGGAUCUGACCAUCACCAACAUAGGACCGCAAGAUAUCGACCAGGCUGAGCAUGGCAAAACCAACUUUGACAUCAUGCUGGCCCUGUCUGCUGAUGCUACACUGGAUGGGACUGACAUCCCAAUCAGCCUGCCUGGAUCCGACUUUCCUGUUACCAAGAUUGGUAUGAAGAUGGGUCAGUCUCUGACCGUCCCUGUCCGUGCAGAAGUGACGGUCCCAGCGGAGACAUGUGACACUGUCAGGUUCCUGCUGGUUGGGGUGGUGGCUGACGACGACGUCAUAUCCAACAACUACGACUCCAUCGGGCUCAAGCUGAAUUGUACUGCAGACUCUGUGGACCUGAAGGUGACAGGACUGUCUGUAGAAGGUGACCUGACACCUGGGGAAACACACAACUUCACACUUUUGGCAGGUGUGGACCUGACAGGGAGCAGGCAGCUAGAGGAGGCUUCCUUCAGGUACAAGUUGUGGCUGUCAGCAGAUGAAAGUCUGGACACAUCAGUGGAUACAGACCUGGGGUACAGGAUACCAGCCGACAAACCCCUGUCUGCAGCCCUGGAGGCAUCCACACAGAGUCUGGACCUGAGUGGCAACACUGUUGAUGGAUCUGGCCUGAGACUGCCUGCUGAUCUUCACAAGUCGUACUGUGGAGAUGUGUACCUGAUAGCUGAGAUGGACCCAGACAACAGGGUGGAUGAGACAAAAGAGUUCAACAACUACCAUGCUGAGAUGGUCAGGGUGUCCUGUAGUGGAGAUAUGUUUGGAGUGGUGGCUGUGCAGUACUCCGUCCCUCAGCACCUGUUGUGGGAGGAGGUGGACACCCCCGUCAGCAUCACAGUGGACCUGUCCUGUCUGUGGGGGGGCUGUACGCGACUCUACCCGGCCAGACGCGGGACCACGUAUUACACCAUGGACAUCCUCGUCACUGCAGAUCCUAUGGGUACUGAUGAGCUGGUACUGUCAGAGGUGAGGUUAACUUCAUCUGAUUGGAUUUUGGACCCCAGCAAUGGACUAGGUCCAGAUCUCAGGGAAAACAAUGGCAGGAAGACGGUGACCCUGACCGGUUCCAUCCAGAUCCCAGCGAAUGGCUGUCAGCGGUGGAAGUACCUGGGUGUCAGACUGAUGCAGGGGAACAACCCGUCCUUUGGAGGAGCAACAGACACCGUGCCAGAGAACAACCAGCAGUGGACUCCACUUCAACUGGCCUGUGAUCCAAGAGCUUAUGCUGACCUUACUGUAGCCGGUUUCUCCCUGAGUUCUCUGGAGUACCAGGUGGGAGAUGUGGAACCGCACACCUUCAGUCUGGACAUUGGAGUGAUGCAGAAGAACAUGCCACACAUGCUGCACCCUGACUGGAGCAGCGAGGAGAAGAACUUUGAUGUGGCCUUCUAUUUGUCAGAUGAUGCUGUCAUUACAAUAGACGACACCUUUGUGACCCACGUGCCUGAGAGGAACGUGAACUACCUGCUGCAGCACGGUUACCUGGCCGACGGCACUACAACCUCCCUACAGGGGCAGCUGGACAUCACACAGGAACAGUUUCUGAAGUAUUGUAACCGUGAGGUUUACCUGGGCAUUGUCGUGGACAGCAGGUACGCUGAUCCUCGAGGGAUCGUCAUGGGUCAGAUUGAUGAGACUGCUGAACACAACAACUUUGCAACCACCAAGAUCAGGAUGCAAGGGUGUAUCAGAAACAUUGACCUGAACGUGAAGGGUCUGCGAGUGACCGACAGCGGAGUGGUCAUCUCGGGCGAGCCCCUGCCCCUCUGGACGGCCGUGGAGGUCACUUCGUACGACAGGGACAACCUCCCGGUCACCUCACUGCCUGACCAGAACUACAACCUCACCUUCUUCUUGUCUAAGGACAGGACAUUUGAUCCCAAGGAAGAUUUUAUUCUUGACUACGAUACCUCUGGCUUCAGUUCGCUCCACUCGGCAGUCUCCUCUUCCAGAGGUCGAGCGACAGUCCUGACUCACGUAUUCACAGACAUGGACGGUGUAGGACCUCACCUGUCUGUACCAUCCAAACAAUGGGUCUGCAACAAACACUGGUACAUAGGUGCAUAUGUUCAGUUGACAGAGGCUGUAGACCCAACAGGAGUGAAGGACCAGUAUAAGGACAACAAUGCAGCCGUGCAGCACAUCUAUGUUGCCUGUAGAUUUGACCGUCUGUACUUGGACAAGUUGGACGUCGUAUACUUACCCGAACGUUUCAGGGAUAACUCCAACAAUGAGGUCCACUUCAUUGCUACAGUAGCGGACAUGGGAAGCUACAGUGACCAGGAAACUCCACCAUUGUCAGGUGCUGUAAUACAUGUACAUUAG